UGCUAGGAGGGGGGAAAGACGGCACGGCGCGGUGGUUUCCGCGCCGAGACCUCCAUGCGGCUGCUGGCGGAACAGCCAGCCGCCUCUCUCGGUUAGCCAUCAGGGAUCUCGGUUUAAUAUCUCACCGUGCAGAGAGACUCGCCCUCUCUCUCCCCCUCUCUCUCUCACCGCGACUAGCCCAGAACCAGCGAGCGACCGAGCCUCCGAGAACCCGCCUUCUCCUGCCUCGCUUAUGCGCCUUUUUGGAUCGAGGGGGAAAAGGGACUCUGCAACGCCCCGGCUUUAAGGUCUCAGCUCGGUUUUUCUCGCUUUGCAGUGCGCCAUUGGACCUUGUCACGAUUCUAGACAGCACACUCACAAAUGAAUGGAGAAAUGGAGGCAACGACUCAAGACCAAGGUGGUAAAGCUGCCCAUUCUUCUUGGCAAAACCUCUCCAGAUCAUUGUGGGCGCAGGACGACCUCCUGAAGCUCCUGGAGGCGAUGAAAGUCGCCCUGCCCCAGAAAGACCUGACUAAAUACAAAACCUCAGAGUCCCACCUGGACUGGCAGAAGGUGGCCUUCAACUCGUACACGGCAGAGAUGUGUAAGCAGAAGUGGCAGGAAGUCUCUAAAGAGAUUCGUAAAUUCAGGACCCUAACCGAGCUCAUAGUCGACGCCCAAGACUACAUCAAGAACCCUUACAAAGGAAAGAAGAUUAAGAAACACCCAGAUUUCCCCAAGAAGCCUUUGACCCCGUACUUUCGUUUCUUCAUGGAGAAAAGAGCCAAGUACGCCAAGCUGCACCCUGAAAUGAGCAACCUGGAUCUCACCAAGAUCCUCUCCAAAAAAUACAGAGAGCUUCCAGAUAAGAAGAAGAAAAAAUAUGUUGACGACUUCUUGCGGGACAAGGAAACGUUUGUGCACAGCAUGAUGAAAUUCAGGGAAGAACAUCCAGACCUUGUGGAAAGCAUGGCCAAGAAAGGCUCCAACGUCCCAGAGAAGCCCAAAACGCCCCAGCAGCUGUGGUACAACCACGAAAAGAAGGCCUUCCUGAAGACACAUCCGGAUGCGACCACCAAAGACAUUAAGGACAAUCUGGGCAAACAGUGGACGCAGCUGUCCGACAAGAAGAGGUUGAAGUGGAUCACCAAGUCCCUGGAGCAGCAGAAACAGUAUGAGGAGACGAUGCGGGAAUACAUCCAGCAGCAUCCUGAGCUGAACAUGACCCAGGGCGACAUCGUCAAGUCCACACUCACCAAGGCAGAGCGCCACCUGAAGGACAAGUCAGACGGGCGGCCUGACAAACCUCCUCCGAACGGUUACUCGAUGUUCUGCGCGGAGCUGAUGUCGAGCAUGAAGGACGUCCCCAGCACGGAGCGCAUGGUGAUGUGCAGCCAGAGGUGGAAGCUGCUGAAGCAGAACGAGAAGGACAGCUACCAGAAACGCUGCGAGCAGAGGAAGAAGGAGUAUGAAAUAGAAAUGAACAGAUUCCUCAGCAGUCUAUCAGAGGAGGAGCAGCAGCGGGUUCUGGGUGAAGAGAAGGUCGGUUUUAAGAAGGGCAGCGGAGCCAGCAGUCCUGCCUCCAAAAAGAAAAACUCAAAGGCAAAGGUCAAUCCAGAAAAGCCCAAACGACCGAUCUCCGCCAUGUUCAUCUUCUCUGAAGAGAAACGGUCGAAACUUCAGCAGGAGCGGCCCGACCUGUCCGACAGCGACGUCACCAGACUUCUGGCUCGCAUGUGGAACGAGCUGCCGGACAAAAAGAAGGAGAAGUAUAAGCGUUUGGAGACGGUCCUGAAAGCAGAGUCGGAGAAGAAGGAGAAGGAGGAUCGCAGUCGUCUGCCCGAUCCGCCCAAAACGGCAAAGGACAUCUGGCAGCAGAGCGUCAUCGGAGACUACCUGGCCAGAUUUAAGAGCGACCGGCCCAAGGCCCAGAAGGCCAUGGAGAUGGUCUGGAACAGCAUGGAGAAGAAAGAGAAGAUCAUGUGGAUCAAAAAGGCGGCGGAGGACCAGAAGCGAUACGAGAGAGACCUGGCCGAGAUGCGCUCGCCCGCCGCUGCCAUUGCCUCAGGGAAGAAGAUGAAGUUUGAGGGUGAACCCAAGAAGCCGCCAUCAAACGGAUAUCAGAAGUUCUCUCAGGAGAUGCUGUCCAACGGCGAACUGAACCACCUCCCCAUGAAGGAGCGGAUGGCCGAGAUCGGGAGCCGCUGGCAGCGGCUACCGCUCAAGGACAAAGACCGCUACAAGAAGAUAGCCGAGGAGAAGCAGAGGCAGUACAAGAUCCAGCUGGAGCAGUGGCUCGCAAGCCUGUCCUCACAGGAAAGAAACACCUACAAAGAGUAUAAUUCCCAAAAAAGAAGAACUACAGCGAAGCCAGGUGGCCCCAAAGCGAAGUCCAAGAAAUCCGACACCGAGGAGGAGGAUGAUGACGAUGACGACGAUGAUGACGACGACGACGAUGAUGAUGAUGAUGAUGAUGAUGACGACGAUCGGGAGAAGGCUUCCUCUGACGCGGACUCGUCCAGCGAAGAUGACGACGACGAUGAUGACGACGACAAGGAGGAAGACGACGACGACGAUGAUGACGAUGACGACGACGACGAGGCGGAGGACAAGGAGAACAAGUCGGAGGACAGCAGCAGCGAGUCGAACUCGGCGGGGUCGUCGGACUCGGACUCGGACUGAACUCGGGGAGGGGAGGGGGGGGCGUCGCCCCGAGACGAACUGAGCAGCGCUGAGCUGAGCCAAGAGUCCAGGGAGCUCUGCCACUGUGCCAACCCUGCUCUCCUCCCACCACCAGGGGGAGCCCCGCACCGCCUCAUCUCACACCCGCCCACUUCAUGUUGAUGCCUGGUGAACUGUGCUCUGAGAGGAGCCCUGCCCCCUACACACACACACACACACACACACACACACACACACACACACACACACACACACACACACCUGAUUAUAUCCAAAAACCAGCCCAGAUCCCCUCCAGGGUGGGAGAGGCUGUAGACAUUAUGCCAAAAAAGAAAAACAGAUUCUCAUACACACAUUCUCACACACACACACACACUCACACAUCCCACUGGUUUGGUGAUGGUGUUGAACACUUCAGUCUCGACAUGUCAAAAGUGAUCAAGGUCGGAGUGUUUCUGCCGGUCAUCCUGGGAACAAGGCGUGCGGCUCCAGCUGUGAACAGGCUUCAUGGAGCCCGAGGCGGAUCACUUCACUGCAGGACGGGGAGGGGAGCCAAGGGGGGGACGGGCAGGAAAAAUUGCACUCUUCAGAAUGUUUCCUUUAUUAUUAUUUUUUUUUUUUGUGUUAGAAAGUUGUCAAGUUGUUCUCUAAUACAAACUCUCGAUGCAGAUUUUAUAAUUUGGUUCCAAAAGAGGUGGUAUUUUUGUUUUUUGUUUGUAUGUCAGAAAAGGAAAAAAAAAAAACGAUGAAGCCAUUUGAAUGUCUCUUUUGUUGCUGGAAAAGUUCAGAAACUGUUACGCAUCCAUGUUCUCAUUUAAAAAAAGGAAAAGAAAAAAAAGACAGUGCCUAUGAAGUGUUCCUCCACCCGAGAUUUAAUUUUUUUACUGACUGAAGUAGAGAGGAUGUGAUCGGGCCGCCGUGAGGCUCAGGGAAAACGGGGGUUAAUCGUGUGCAAUGGUGAAUCUUCCCUGCUGGCCUCACUUCCUGGGUUGUGCUGCUUGCUUUAAGUGCUUCUUUUAAACCUAAAAGCCCCGUCGUCUCUGCAGUAUACUGGCUCUUCUGUGCCUUUAUAGCCCCCCGGAUUCCCCCCCUUCCUUUGGUUUCAGGUUAUUCACACAGUUUCCAUUCCCCUUUUUUAAAAGUGACAUUUGAAGCCGAGAUACGAGACGGAUGUUAAAAGGUUCCCGCAUCACAUCCGCUCUGCUUCCAGCCUUUAAAACCUGCAGAUCCGGCCGGAGCUGGAACACUUUCCCCGGCACAGCUCGAGCCUGAAACGGCCUCGGGCUGAUUUCCUUUUUAAACAUUUCAUUUACUGUUCAUAGCUUUGUUUUAUUAACGGUGUUCCGAGUGGAUGUUUGAAUGGAUUCCAUUCUCAUAUUUGUUUUUUGUUCUUUUGUUGUUGUUGUUUUUUUUUUUAAAUAGUAUUCAGCUGUUAUCCAGAGGUUCAGUCUGAUGCUUAUCCCAAAAAACAAAGUGUGCACUUAAUGUAAAUGUGCGCGCAGGCAGAGGACUGUGUAUAUAUGAGAGUGCGUUUGCGUGCUUCUUUGCUUUAAUGUGUGCUGGUCGUUCCGUUCGCAUACCAUGAUGUGACUGCAGCGUGCAUGUACGUGCCUGUGUGGGGACGUCAUACCAACACCAUGAAUGUAGAUAUUGUUAAAUCCGUUUUUUUUGUUUGUUUUUUUUUUUCCCCCUCCUGAGGGUCUGUACUGUCACGUCAUUGAUCACCUGAAGACGGAUUGAUGACGCCUCUUUCAUGACGGUCAUCUUUGACUCUCGAAACAGUUUUUUUUUUUUUUUUUUUUUUUUUUUAAACAUUCAUGACAACUGUUAAUAAUCUUUUAGUAAAGGACUGAUCUGAUGAGUCUCAUCUCAGACUGAAACAAAACCAGCGUGAACUAUUUAACGGAACUGGGAGAGGGUGAAGGAAAACGAUUGACGGGAGUUUAUUAAAGGGAUUUGUGUCGGGGAGGGGGGGGACUCCGUUGCCAGUGGAUAUGGGGUUAAAAAAAAAAACAACUGUAAUAUUUCUGUAAAUACUGUUUUUGUAUGAGUGCUUAUUGUUUUUGUUAGUUCUUUAUUUCGGCAAACCCUCAUCUGUGAUUUCUGAAGCCGGUGAAGACACCUGUUGUUUCAGUUGUUGGUUCUCUCUUUCACUCUCUUUCUUUCUCUCUCUCUCUCUCCCUCUCUCUCUCGUUGGUUUCUACAGAUAUCUAAGACAAGCAAAGCUUUACAGGUUUGUACUGCUGAUCAUUUGACAGAAUUUGAUGUUUUCUAUAGCUGAGGGUGUUCUUAUGUCCUUGUAGUUAAAGUAUUUGGGCAAAAUAAACAAUGAUCUUUAACAGUU